AUGAUGGGAAGUCACCCAACUCUCACAAAUGAGUACCCGGGACGGCGGCGGCCCACCGCCAACCAGCCUCGCCAGGUGUCGCGCCGGCGCCUUAUCCUGGCGGCGUACGACCGGGUGCGGGGGAGGCUGCACAACAGCCGAGCGCUCCUGGAGGGUACCGGCAUCCAGCUGUACCCUCUCAACGAGAGCACGCUCGGCAAGUGGUUCAAGGACCGGACGCGUCUGGACGAGGUCCGCACGCUGCUGCAGGGCCGGGACCUGCCUGCCGAGCAACCCUUUGCGGCAGAACACCUACCCGCAGCAGCGACGCGUCCGGUCACGCCUCGCCCACGGCAGCAUCCGGCCGUGCAGCUGCCGGAGCCAGCCGACACCGUUGGCGAGACGUCGCACCGCCAGUUGUCGUGGUGCUGCCGUACGUUGCCGGUGACCCAGCCGCCCUCCAGCGCCUCCUAG